ACCGAGCGUGGAGACUGGCUGGAGUGGAGUAUAUUUCCUGUUUUUCUCAUUCUCAGUGUUGCUUCAGCAUUCGUCGUGUAUGCGAGUGACUGUCCUCUCGAACAAGUGUGCUGUAAUAGUGUAUUAUACGCUAUUAACUUGUGUAAUAUGGUGUAAUAUUCUGUGAUACGAAACCAUCGUAAAAAUACAAGGUGACAAUGGUGUGGGUGACAAGGAUGGGCAGUCUGCUGAUGGCCGUGUUGUGGAUAGCCAAUAUUGUGCUGGACAUUAUGGCCAUAAUAGACUUGAUAUAUAAAACUGUCGGCGAUGGUAUUUUCCUCGCUAUAUGUUUUAUAUUUCUCCAUGUCAUCAUCAACGCUUGGCUUGUUAGAGUAUUGUUCCAUGGAUUUAACAAAUUGGGAUUAUUCUUCCUCUUCUUGACAUCACAAUCAACUCUCUUCUUGUUGAGUCGUGGGGCAUGGCAUGGCCUACGGGCCUGCUGUGUACAGAGCCAGCGGGAGAAGACACGUCGGACUCUCAGGGCAAAGUUUGCACUCGUCUGUGAAAUGAGGAACUCCUUUGAAAAGCUUUCAGUUGAAGGAUCUGAAUACAGCUUGAGGAGCUGUGUUCUCUCCCAGUCUGAGGCGGUACCAGCUGACACAUCAGGAGCUCCUGUCGUCCUUCAGCCAUCCAAUAUCAUCUGUACUGUUGAACAGGGCACUGAUGUCUCAGUCAAAAUGGAGAAGACAAAGUUCAUUCCUAACACCAAAAAGAUUGUUCUUAAUCUAGAUGCUCCUCCCGAUAUAUAUGGUGGGGAGCCAAGCGUAUACAAAUAUGUAAUACGAAAGUUACAGGCACUGUUUUCAGAUAAAAUGAAUCUAUCAUAUCACAUUGUGACAGAUUCGACCAACACAAAGAUCCUUCAUGCCUCUUGUACAGAUAAACGCAUUGGCACUUUGCCUGAUCGUAUCAUCAGUGAAAAUCCACAUGUCAUCUGCAAUGAUACCCACUAUGUUUUAAACCUAUCUAGGAUCAAUGGUUAUGAAGUUUAUAAUAUUACAAAACGGUCUUUUGUAGAUAUCACCAGCUUCGUCAACAGAGACCUGACCAAGUUGAUUUGGCUUCCAAUAUGGCCCGUGGCUGCAGUGAAGAUCUUUAUUACAUUGAGUUUCCGGGCACAUAUGAAGGGUGAUUCAAUCCCUGCAUUGAUCUAUGCAAGCACAGUGUUUGGGAUACUGACAUGGAUGGUGACGCAGAGAACACUCUACCACACCAACCUUGAUGUCUUCUUACUGGCUGGUCUCAAGCUUUUCUUCUAUGUUACAAGAACCAUCCUGGUAUGUGGUACGAGCGUCAUCACCACGCUACUGUACAUCCCCAUCAUCUACCUUUCUGCCAAGGCUGCAGGGGUUGUUGGUUUCAUGGGCUACUUGGCCUAUGUGAAAGCAGCCAGAAAUAUAGAGCUCUUUGAUGAUCCAGUUGACAUAUACACCUUCUACCCCAUGCAUAACCCAUCAGUGCAGGUGGCAGAGAGCAUAGUGUAUUGCAUUUGGGCCGUGUGUGCGUAUUGUACUAGUUCAGAUUCCCAUGCUUCUAUUGGUCUUGCCAUUAUGCUCAUUACCCUUAUUGGUCACAGCAUUGGCUUGGGGUGGCUUUGGUUUAUGAGGUCAUGGCGAAGCCAACCACUACGUGACCCUGCCCAGGUACUUACCCUAAUAAAGCAGAUGGAAUAUGUUAGGAUGUAGAAUUUCUGUUAUCUCUCUCGCACACGCAAUAAAGUUUCUAUGACCAGGAAAGUCAUAAUGGAACCUGUCAUUACCACUCACCAAUUUAUCACACAAGGAUUUU